CUCAGUUAUUACUUUCAUUAUGUUAAUGAAGUUUAGGAAAGUGUCAGGAUUGCAUUCACAAAUUGGAAAACCGUCUAAGAAAGAACAAUGUCUUUAUCAGAUAGAUACAUUUGUAUACUCUGCAAGCAAGAAAAUGAAGCAACAUGGUGUAUUGACUGUGACCACAUAACUAUAGUUAGUGAAGAAUACCAUAAGUUGCCAUCUUUCAUGAAAGAAACAAGUAACCUAUGCAAAGACCAUGACAGAAGGUAUGAACUUUACUGUUCUGCCCAUGAAUAUGUCUGUUGUUCAGAAUGCACUUUAGACACACAUGAUAAAUGCCAAGAUAUAAAACUGCUGUCAGAGAUUAACAGAAACAUUAAUUCAUCCGACUCAAUCCCAUUCCUGGAUAAAGACUUAAAGAAUCUGGGAGAAAAGUUUGAACAAAUAAUUGAAUACUUGCAUAACAGAAUCAGAACGAAUAAAAAUCAGAAAACACAAAUUCUUAAGGAAAUCAAAUCAGUAAGAAAAUCUAUAGAUGAUCAUUUGGAUAAAAUUGAAAGUCAAAUUCUUGACGAGUUACAAUCAAAACAUUCAAAUAUACAGUCAAAAAUGGAGGAUCUUGUUAAACAAGUUGAACAAAAUUCAAAACAAAUUGUUCAAUUACAAGAAGAUUUUUUGAAAAUGAGAAUUUAUGCAACUAGUUGGCAAACAUAUAUAGGUCUAAAGGAGAUUAAAAAAGCUUCAUCACAAGAAUCAAAAUACAUAGAAGAUUUAGAGUAUAAAGGAAACUUUGAUAAACAUAACUUGUAUGUUAACAUUUCAUCUGCUUUGCAAUCAGUUUUAACAGAUGUAAAAUCUUUUGGAGAUAUUUCUAUUACAAAUCAACCAUAUAGUUCAAAUGUCAAGGUCACUAUCGGGGAUGAAGUCCAGCAUUCAGUAUCAAAGAUUCCUUGUAUGGAACAAAUAAAGCCAACUUUCUUAAACACUCUGAAAUUUCCAGAAGGACAAAAAUAUUUAAUCAUGAAAUUACUUGUUCUUGAUGAUGGCAAGUUUCUGGCCCUAGAAAACCACCAGAAAAGUUUGAUGCUUUUUGGUAGUGAUGGUUUCUGUUGGAGAAACGUGGUGAAAUUCUCACAAGACGACUUCCCCUUUAAUUUUUGCAACAUCAGCAAUAAUAUAGUGGCGGUCAGUCUCUAUUACAAACAUCAAGUGAUAUUAGUUGAUACAGAAAAGAAUAAAACUAUAGAAACCAUUGACAUUGCUGGUGCCUGUUGUGACAUUUCAUGUUAUGGUCAAACUCUAGCCAUCAGCCUAUCUGAAGAUGCAAAAAUCAUUUUACUUAACCUGCAGGAUAAAUCACAAGAGAUUAUAGAAGCAGUUCAGCUCACACAAUUAGUCCUGUUUAAAGAAAACAUUUAUUGUACAGCUUGUAGUACUCACGAGGUGUAUUGCUACAAAGUCACUGGAGAACACGUUUGGACAGUCAAAAAUUCCGAUAUAGAUAUACCAGAAGGAAUUGCAGUAGAUAUGAAUGGCUUUGUUUAUAUCGCUUCUGUAGGCAAUAACAGUAUUGUGCAGUUAUCACCAGAUGGUAAAAGUCAGAAAACAAUUUUAAAUGAAAAAGAUGGAAUCAUAUAUCCUAAGGCUUUUGAUAUUAACAGAAAAGCAGGGUUGAUGAUAGUUUCCAGCCAAACCAAUUACUGCACCCAGGAAGCUUUUGGUUAUAGGAUAUGAGAUUUACAGGACUGUAUUUAUUUUUCUUCCUUUGUAUCAUUAUCAUGCAUUUGAAAACAAAAUGUCAA